GAUAAUUUGUUCAGCAGGUUGUGCAGAGUCAUUGGCGUUGUUAGAAAAUGCCGCUCAAUAUUGUCUGUUAACAUUAAACUCAUGAUUUAUCACGCCCUUUUCCGGUCUCAUAUAAAUUAUUGUCACCUCGUGUGGGGCACAACAAGUUCGAAUUUAAACAAAAUACUUUUACGUAAAAAAAGGAUACUGCGUAUCAUCGCUGAUGUACGCUACCUAUAUCACACUAAACCGCUGUUAGAAAAAUUCAGCAUUAUUGCCAUUACAAACCUGCACGUGUACCGUCUUUUGUGUGCUUUCUUUUUCGGAACAAAUGAAUUCAUUGAAUUUCUUUGGCGCACCUCGGAUUUGAAUAAAAAAGAAAUCUCGAUCAGUAUGCGCUGCUCUGAGAUAUGGUAUGUUCCUCAUUUCCGCACGAAUCAUGCUUUACAAUCCCUUCGCCAUAUGUUACCUUCUCUACUGAACACGUACCACCUAGAAAACAUAGAUAUAUGCUCUCUGACUAGAGCUGAAUUGUAUAUGUGUUUUAUCUAA